AUCCCUAAAUUUAUUGAAAUCAAUAACCGUUGGGACAAAAUACCAGUUCUGUUAAUAUUGGUAACAGAAAAAGCACACGUGAGAUGCACGUGCCCAUUUGACAGGGGCAGUGAAAGUCAUUUGCACGUCCUCCUCUGUUCCACGCAUUGUAUUUCUGUUUCCGAAGAGAAUUUGGGGGAAAACAAUUGGGGUUUUGAUUAUAGAGAGUGAUAGAUUGAUUAGAGAAGCAAAUGAAAGUUUAUUUCUUUCUUUUCAAUGGAAUCUCACGAAGUUGUUAGGGAGAAAGAUCAAAGCACAUACCAGACAAGCAAAUUGAAGCUUAUUCCUGGUUUGAUGGAAACCUUGCGAAGCUGUUAAUGAGAAAAUUCAGCCCAUAGAUCAAAUUCUGAAAAACAAUGGGCUUGCCAUCGAGAAGAGUGAGACUCAGACAUAUUUUUCUCCUACUCCAUAUCAGUUUUCAAGCUAUUAAUUGUCUUUAUUUUAGUUAUUGAAUGUAGAGAUCAUGACGUCAAAUGUUGAUAUAAAGGAGGAUUCCAGAGGAGGACCUGUCCAAAAAGCCAAGAUUGAGAUAUUACUUGGUAAGACGGCAAACUUCGACAAGUUGAUGGGUGCUGCUGUGGCGGAAAGGGAAGCUGCAGCAGAUGGCGAUGUGCAGAGCUGAAAGAAAAAUUUUCCUGGCAUUCGGCACCCCUUCCACUAUGUUUUGUUUUGAAUUAUGUACUCUAAAAUGAGUUACGUAGAAUAAAUUUUGCGAGAAUGAAUUAUCCAAAGCAUAGAUUGUGUUGCAAUGUAUUAUCCUAAUCGUUUUUUUCCCAAAUUUUCUCCUCUUUGGAAACAGGAAUACAAUGUCAGGAACAGAGGAGGACGUGCAAAUGACUUUCACUGCCCAUGUCAAAUGGGCAUGUGCAUCUCACGUGCUUUUUCUGUUACCAUUAUUAACAGAGUUGGUAUUUUGUCCUAACGGUGAUUGAUUUUAAUGAGUUUAGGGAUUUAAUUGUUAAAAAAAAUAGUUUAGGGACCAAAAGUGUCACAAACUACAUAGUUUGAGGACCUCGUGUAAUAAUAUCCCUUUUUAGAAUUAAAACAAAAGAUUAUAACAAUUCGAGGGAGGACAAACCGAACAGUUUGAAAUUUGGAUGCUUAGCAAUGACGCAAAGUCAAGAUAAAGAAUGAUUCGACCGAAGAAGCUCAAAUGCACCAACCAAACAAGGAAAGCUCCCAAAGAACACAAAAAGCAAAAAAGAGGUUGUUGAAGAAACAAGAAAUGGCGGAAAGUGUGGGAGAUUGCUUAUGAUACAGAAGACCUACUUGAUGAAUCCAGCUUCGUCUUCAGCAUCACAGAGGAAAUGGGCUUUAUGGAUAUUUGUCAAAGAUCGCAUGGACUAUCAAGAACUUGAAAGUUCGCCAUUGAUUUGCUUCUGAACUGCGAGGUGUCAAAUCCAGAUUAACCAAUAUGUCAGAUGGGCAUCAGAGAUACCGCUACAGAUUGAAUAUCCCUGUGAAAGACUCAACCGUUACUCCACCUAGCUAUUACAAGGCUUGGUAUGAGCUUCGAAGGGAUGCAGUGCUGAUUGAUGAAGGUCAGCUAGUUGGAAUUGAGACUCCAAAAGAGGAACUGAUCAAAAGGGUUCUUGGGUUUGAAUCCGAACUCCAAGCCAUUGCGGUGGUAGGAAUGGGAGGUUUGGGCAAAACCACCCUUGUGAGUAAAGUUUACCAUGAUGAUGAACUGAGGAAAGAGUUCCAACACCAUGUCUGGAUCACUGUUUCUCAAUCAUUCAAGUUGGAUGAGAUUCUAAGAGACAUAAUCCAACAACUGUUUGAUGAAACCAAACAACCUCUUCCUCAUGGAGCAGAUUCCACAGACAGCAGCAAGCUUAAGAGAAUCAUUGUUGAUUUUCUUCUUGGAAAAAGAUAUCUGAUCGUCUUGGAUGACGUGUGGCAUAUGGAUGGUUGGGAUGCUCUCAAAUAUGCAUUUCCUGAAAGCAACUGUGGCAGCAGAUUAAUGCUUACAACUCGAAGUUCUGAGGUAGCUUCUACUUGUACCAAUGAGUCUGGAGGUAUGAUUUAUGAUCUGAAGCCUUUGUCUUUUGAAGAAUCAUGGACUCUUUUCUGUAGAAAAACCUUUCUGGAAAAGCCGUGCCCCACUCGUUUGCAGAAAAUUUGUCAAAAUAUUUUGAAAAGAUGUGAAGGGUUGCCUCUAGCAAUUGUUGCAAUUGGUGGUAUGUUGGCCAUGAAAGAUAAAAUUAGAAUCGAUGAAUGGGAAAUGGUUGAACGCAGUUUAAGGACUGAGUUAGAAGGCAAUGACAAACUCAGUGGUAUGAAAUCCAUACUUUCACUUAGUUUCAAUGAUUUGCCUUACCAUUUGAAAUAUUGUUUCCUGUACCUAAGCAUAUUCCCUGAGGAUUAUUUGAUUGAAAGGACAAAGUUGAUUAGAUUAUGGAUUGCUGAAGGUUUUGUACUAGUAAAGGAAAGCAGAACAGUUGAAGAAGUGGGGGAGUAUUAUUUUAAUGAGCUUGUCAAUAGAAGUUUGAUCCAAGUAAUUGAGAAGUAUGAUGAUGGAAGGAUAAGAAGAUGUCGAGUUCAUGAUCUUCUGCGCGAAAUUAUUCUUCGCAAGUCGUUGGAUCAGAACUUUAUGGCAAUAACAAGUGAAGAAAAUAGAAGUUUGCCAGAAAGAGUUCGACGUCUGUCAGCUCAUAGAACAUUGGAAAAUAUACAUCCAGAUCACAACUUCUCUAGACUUCGUUCCUUGUUUCUUUUUGGGGGUGGAGGAUCAUUCUGUUUCUGCGUUUUCCUCAUUUGCAAAUAGAGGGUUAAGGCUUCUAAAGGUGUUGGAUUGCAGGGGUGUACCUUUGGAUACACUUCCAAUGGAUAUUGGCAAACUAAACAAUCUGAGGUAUCUAAAUUUGAGAGAUACCAAUGUGAAAUCCAUUCCAUGCUCUAUUGGGAAUCUACAAAACCUUGAAACAUUGGAUCUUAGAAACACUUAUGUUGAAGAACUACCUGUUGAAAUAUUAAAACUCCAUCGACUUCGUCAUAUCCUAGUCCAUCGCGUCAUCAAGGAAUUCUCCAUAUCUUUUGAAGUUGUUGGUUUCAAGACACUAGCAGGGAUAGAAGCUUUGUCAUCGUUGCAAAGUCUUUGUUUCAUUGAGGCAAAUCAAGGUGAUGCUGACUUAAUGAAAUCCUUGGGAAAACUUAAAGAACUGAGGAGGUUAGGCGUUGGUCGAUUAAGAGCCGAAGAUGGAAUUGCCUUAUCCUCAUCCAUUGAGAAGUUAAGGUUCCUUCGUUCAUUGUCCAUAAUUUCAAGUGAAGC